AGCGUCACCCUUUCAGACACCAGAACUUUUUUCUGUGCAUUUACAGAGAGCUGAUAUAUGCCAUUUUAAUCUGCAAGCUUUUCUUGUGAUUUCUGAGACAGAGUAAGUGGGCAGAUGUGACAUAUCUACAGAUAUCUUUAAUGGCCUAAUUAAGGGCAUAUGCCAGUUUUUAGAUCUAUCCUUAAUUUUUUAAAUAUUAUUAUUUUUUUGUCUGGCAAUAGAGGGUUUGCCCUCUUUUACUUAAUUUUUAGUCUUGAUAACAUCACAUUAUUGGAAGAUGAGGGUGCAGUGUUUUCUCCAAUUCUGGAUUCUCCUGAGUGCUGUUGUGGCUGUGACAGCUUUUCACCCUCAACCCAACCAAUUUAGCCUCUACUCUGGACCCCCACCACAAUACGGCUCCCCAAAACCAGCCGCCAGGCAUAAGAACCACUGUGCAUAUGUUGUGGAGAAGACUGUCUCAUACUCUGUUCAGGGUGGAGCAGCACCCUUUGUGAAGGCAGAUUACAACAAGUGUGCCUGGGGUCAGAAAUGCCCUGCUCUAAAGUAUCGCAUGUUCUAUAAGCCCAUGUAUAAAGUGGCAUAUAAGACUCUGACUGAGCUGGAGUGGAAAUGCUGUCCUGGAUAUGGAGGUGUUGGUUGUACUGCAGUCUAUGGAAUGAAAUCAAGACCCACUUUCAAAGGACCAAUGCCUGCACAGAAGGGUCCUAUGUCAUCAUUUAAAGGGCCAAUGCCGGCACAUAAUGGUCCUAUGCCUACAUUCAAAGGGCCAAUGCCUGUUCAAAAGGGCCCUAUGCCUUCCUUUAAAGGGCCCAUGCCUAUGCAGAAGGGUCCUAUGCCUCCUUUCAAAGGGCCCAUGCCUGCACAAAAGGGUCCUGUGCAUUCUUAUAAAGGGCCCAUGCCUGCACAGAAGGGUCCUAGACCAUCAAUUAAAAGUUAUUAUCCCUCUAAAAAGGGUCCAAUGCCUUACUUUAAAGGGCAAAUGCCCCGACACAGCUAUGAUGGGAACCCCUGGAAUCAACCUCAGGCACCAUCUAAUAGCAUGAAUGGAUACCAAGGUCCUAAUACUGGGCCCACUUUCCGAGACACCUCAUUUGAAGCUCAUCCGGACCACCAGGGGCCUGAAGUAUAUGAUCCUGAACUAAUGCCAGAACCUGAAAAUCCUGGCCAUGAUCUAAUUCAUGAAGGGCCUGAGCCAAUCACAGACUACCAGGAUCCUCAGCCAGAAAUCCAUGGCACUAUUCCACAAGGCAGUGAGACAGAGCCUGUUCCUAAUGCACAAACGCCCUCUGGUGGUAGUGAAACAAGCCUAGAUCAUGAUGACAACAGUAUUGAAGAUGAACGACUGGAUAGGUUAGAGGAGGAUGUUCAGAGACUCUCACUUGGUCUUGAGACUCUCCGUGGAACAGUGACAGGCCUGGAGAACAGCUUGCGUGCUUCCCUCCGUGAAGACGCCAAUCGGAUGUUGACUGCACUUAUUUCUGCUGCUCCCAGCCCUAUUGCUGCUCCAUCUCUGUCCAGAGACACUUCCGUGGGUUUCGGAGAUCUGCCUGGAGGGGCACCGGAUAUUAAAGGUUCAGAUGUGAUGGGGCAGUUCCCAAACCUGGUUGAUUUAGCUGAAAGUGUAUCAGAGUUGCGAGCGGAGCUAGUUGUACAGACAUCUGAGCUGGCAGAGUUGAAAGGGGCAGUCUUGGGUCACAACAACACCCUUCAAAUUCUAUCAGAGGGCACAGGGAACCUGACUCAAGCUGACUUCCAAAAUGUUCUUGAGACACUUGUGGAGUCCAAAAUGAGAGAGGCUCGGGUGGCAAUCCUAGACAGGUUUGAAAAGAGAGUGGAGAGUGCUGAGGAGCGAUGCGAAGGUCGGGUGGCAGAGGUGCGGCUCCAGUGCAAGGACGAACUUUUGAAUGGACAGGAUCAGACUGAGAAAGUCCUAGACAUAACGGUGACAGGAUUGAGGACAGAACUUCAAAAACUCCAAGCUCAGCUUCAAGACCUGGAACCUGAAGAGGGUUGCUGCUUUGCAGUGUCUGGUGUAACUGAAAGGGUAGUUUAUCUGGAGAAAUCAGUGGGUGGCUUGAAUGAAUCCCAAAUACACCUCAGUGCCGAACUUGGAGGACACAAGGACCAUAUAGAGGGCAUGUUAGAGGGCAGGCUAGGCUAUGUCGAAGACAAGUUGAACAUUGCAAUAAAUCAAGAGGAAACGAAUGUUAGCAAAAAAGUGCCUAGCAGCAUAGAGGCACAAAUUGAGAAAAAGCUAAUGGCUCUUGAAAAUCGUCUCUUGGCUGCUAUGGAAGAGUUCGGUAAUGUCAGUUCACCAGCCUUGCUAGAGGGUCAGGCUGUACCCAUACUGGAAUCUGAAGUAGAAUCACUCCGGAAAAAAGUGGAGGAGGAUUUGGAUCGUGUUCAGGAGCAGCUCAGAUCCAUUGAAGUCCACUGUACAUCAUCAUGUGUUCCACAACCUGUUCUUACUGGAUAUGCAGCUCCUUUGGCAACUGAGGAGGAAAGAGGUGAGGAGAUUCACAUGAAACUGGAUGGCAAACUUGAUUUACAAGCAGAGAGAUUGAACCGCCUCAACACCACCCUAUCUAAUCUUCUCAUCCAAUUGGCUGAGAAACAGGAGGUGGCUGGUCUUCAGGAUGAGGUGACCCUCCUGAAAGUCACUGUGAACUCUGUUAACAGAUCUCUCUGUGGCUUGCAAGAGUCACUUGGUUCUGUGAUCAAAGAGGUGGGCCACACCAACUUUACCUGGCAAGAGAGAGAAGAGAGGCUUGUACAGCAGGUGAAGGGUGUGGUGCAGUUGGUGGGACGACAGGCAUCUAUGUUGGGCACUGGGGAACGAAGGCUGACCCAUCUGAAAGGGGAACUCCACGAUCUGCGGCGCAGAGUGUCCGGAGACCUCAAAGGUUGCCGCUCCACUACCUUAGGUGUCCAGAAGGAGGUGACUGAAGUUGGGGGUCGUGUUACCCGUGUAGAGGGCCAAUGUGGAGGCCUGGCACACCUAGCUGAAGACCUGGAGAGAAUUCGGGGAGAACUGGAGAGACACUCUGAUGGGUAUCUGUCUCAUGUUAAUAGCACUCUUGUUAACCAUUCUCACCAGCUGUCCGAGCUCAGAGAUAGUCUCCAAAACUGCACUGGACCAUCUGGGUUUAACAAGAUAGCAGGGGACAAUUUGUUAUCUACAACACAAAAAAGGGCAGAACACCACACAACAGAACCAACCCAUCCAAGAAGAGACCAGUUUGCAGUCCCUACACAGGACAUAGGUGUCUAGUAAUUCAAGUGAACUUUAAUAUUUGAAGACAUACACCAACACAUAGUAGACAGUCUAUCAAAUAUAUACUGUUAGAUAUUAUUAGUUACUCAGGACACCCUUCUCUUCUACCAACCAUCCGAUGUAUGUUCAGUGUUGUUGAAUUUCAGACUUUACAGUCUGUGGUGCUGCUGUUGUUUUUGCUUUGUAUUCAAUUGUUUGUUUUAUAAUUCACUUUGCUUUUUUACGGUUGAUUGAAAGUUUUUCAUUUUCACUAUGUGCUACACAAAGGGCAAAGCUCACAACUUUACUUAAUUUCUGACUUUGCUUAUUACCUCUUUUUACACUGUGUUUGUAAUUUUAACAGGAAUUGUAUGCAAAAUGUUUAAAUAUA